AUGUUCCUCCAAGAAGCACAGAUGGCUACUCAGCCACAACACACCAUGUCCAAACGCAGUAAACUCCAAAUGCUGCAGCCUCAAAGCAGUCCAGCCGCUGCCAAAGCCAAAACGCCGUCGACCGACAAACACCCAGGCCCCACGGAAUACCCUCACCUCCCCAACAACACCACCACCAUCACCACUACUCCCUCACCUUUCGAAACCCACUUCCACACCAGCGAAACAUACCUCUCCCACUUCAACACCAAAAGCAGAACUGAUCCCUUCUCCACCUUCACACCAUACAAUCACUCCCUCCACCCUCACCGUCCAGCAUACAACGUCCAAGCAAUUGGAAACUGGAAACUCGAUCUCAAACAGACGGGUGGAGUUGGAUUGGUGGAGGGCGAGUAUAUGGCUCAGAUGGCGCAUUUACGGGGGUCGGGUGUGUUGGCGGAGAUAAGGGAGGAGCUAGAAGAAUUGAGACCGGAGAGGCAGAGUGGGGGAUUUGUCAAGACUUCGAGGAGAGGAGGUAUUGGGAGGAUGUAUGGUGUGAAUGCCUUCCAUCGGAUCGAGGUGGAGCAGGAGGAGGAGGAGGGCGAUGGAUAUUGUCGCUAG